GCUGGACCCUCUCUCGAUCUCUCACGACCCCACAGCCGAUUCCGCUUGCUUCGUUUCGCUUUCUCUUUCUUGUCCAUUUCUCUUUCUCCAUCGCCCAUCUCGCCAUGCUCCCCGACAUCUGCAAGGACAUAGAGCCAAACUUCCUGCUGUGCGACAGCGCCCUCGAGCACAUUGUCACCCACUUCCGCCGCGAGCUCGAGGCCGGCCUCGCCCGCCGCGGCGAGGAUGUCGCCAUGAUUCCCAGCUUUGUCCCCGGCGUCCCGGACGGCACUGAGGAAGGCACGUUUCUCGCCCUCGACCUCGGCGGGACAAACCUGCGCGUGUGCGAGGUCCGCCUCCUCGGCAACCACAAGUUUGAGAUGAAGCAGCAGAAGUACAAGGUGUCGGACGACCUCAAGGAAGGCGAGGCGACGGUGCUGUUUGAUUACAUCGCCGACAGUGUCGACGCGUUCCUCACCGAAAUCGGGAGUGACAUUGCCCCAGAGAAGAGUGGGCCGAUGCACCUCGGCUUUACGUUUUCCUUCCCCGUAGAGCAAACUGCCAUCAAUAGCGGAACGCUGCUUACCUGGACGAAGGGCUUCAAUGCCAAGAACGCGAUUGGCAAGGAUGUUGUCAAGCUCUUGAACGAUGCGUUUGAGAGAAAGCACAUCCACGUCCGGUGCAGCGCCCUCGUCAAUGACACCGUCGGCACCCUGCUCUCGCGCUCGUAUCAGCACGGUCCCGCGCUCAUCGGCGCUAUCUUUGGCACUGGCACGAACGGCGCGUACAUUGACAAGACGUCAACGGUUGCCAAGCUGGGCGAGAAGCAGAUCCGUGAACUCGAGGAGGGCGGAGAGCACGCAGGCGCGUACAUGGUCAUCAACACGGAGUGGGGGGCAUUUGACAACAAGCGCCAGUGUCUACCGGUGUCGAUCUUUGACAGCAAGCUGGAUCGCAUGAGCAUUAACCCCCGCAAGCAAGCUUUCGAGAAGAUGGUGUCCGGCAUGUACCUCGGCGAGAUCACGCGCAAUAUCCUCUUGCACCUCAUCGACUCCAACGUACUGUUCGAGGGGUACAGCACCGCAGUGCUGAACGAGCACUACGGGUUUGACACGUCCUUCGUGUCGGCGGUGGAAGGUGCGGAGAGCGAUGAGGAUGUGAUCAAGGCUAUCACCGACAUUCUCAAGGUUAAGCGCAAGCACAUCAAGGAGAGAGACCUCGAGUUGGUGCGCUGGGCCACCAAGCUCGUCGCCCACCGCGCAGCCUACCUCGCAGCGACAGCGGUUGCGGCAGUAGUGCAGCACACGGAAAAGAACCGACGCGAAGAGGAGAAGGAGACAAUCGACGUGGGCGUGGACGGAAGUGUGGCCCAGUACCUCCCUCGUUUCGAGGAAAACAUGCGUGUCGCGCUGCGCAAGCUGCUCGGCGAGGAUGGUGAAAAGCGCAUCACGAUCGGCCUAGCCAAGGAUGGCUCGGGGGUUGGCGCGGCUCUUACGGCGCUGCAGGCCAAGAAGGCGGCUGAGCGUUCCUCGAAGCUGUCGAAGUAGUGUAGGAUUAUGCAGUUGCAACUGGCUCCAGGCGGCCGGCGUGCCACGCGGCGGCGUCCGCACAUUUCCGCACCGGGGGUAGCUUGGAUGUAAUCAAAGUGGAGUUGGCGAACCAAGACGCGUCUCGCGUGCUGAUGUAUACAGAUAUCAACAGGAAGGGAAAACCAAAUUGGGCAAAUUGUGGACGCGCCACAAAGUCGGACAGCGAGCGCCAAGCGGACUGGCGAGCUGGCGAGCUGGCGUACAGACGAACAGGCGAACAGGCGAACAGGCGAGUGCGCAAGGGAUCAGUGGAGAUGGCGGAAAUCGCUCAGAAUGGCCGGCGUGCCCGAUAGUGGAGAUGGAGGUGCUGAGUGUGCAAGGCUUAGUCACUUGUCCGUCUAUCGCACGCCUCCU